UAACGCUAUGGAGUAUUUGAUACCCUUUCUUCUCACUGCCCAGUAUUCAAUAAAUGAUCCAAAUGUUUACUACGCGCCCGAAUAUGUAUUCAACUUCACUAAAAAUUGGGAAAGGCACUACGACAAUUCAACAGUCGGCCACGGAAAUAUUUUGACGAUACUGAAAUGUCAAAAUUCAUCGCUUACAAGUAUAAUUUGUUUUGUAGAAAAUUCAUGGACUCAAACGUACAUUGAAGUACCUGGUGGUACUACAAAACCUUCGGAGCCAAAAUUCGUACGUGAAAACUGUGAAAAAAAUUCAAAUCGCGGACUGUGCGAGCCGUUUGAAAUAGUGUUCGAUAAAAAUGGAGUGACCGAAUUGGUGGCGCCCAACGAUACUGACAAAUCAAUUUAUGGAUCCUGGUGGGAAAUGGCCAAUCAGCUUAAUGUUUUGUGGAUCACCAAAAUAGAUCUUGGUGGGCAACUGGUUCCCAGUUUAGAAUCGACAAUUCAUGGGAAAUGCAACGCGACUAUCAAGGCGAGCAAAGAAAAACUGGGGAUUGAAUAUUUGGACAAAAGUAAAAAAUUUUAUAGGUUUAAAAUUGACAUUGACGGCGGGUUUGAUGGAAUGAGAUUAAUUUACAAAAAAACACGAGAUGUCAAAACCUGCACGCGGGGUAAAAAAGUUUUGAUGGCGGAUGCUAACUCAUUUUUGAUUUAUUCUCUGGAGAUGGCGAUGAUGAGAGUUGUUGUGUCCGAGUAUGAAUUUUCUUCCAUGUUCGAAGAUGAAAUUUCGUUCAUCCUACCGGAUAUGGAAACGGUUAUUAAUCAUCACAAAAUUGGGUUGACGCUUACUGAGAUUGGGAUCGCUGGAGAUAAAAUUCCACCAGUUAAAAAUCCUAAAUCUAAUCUGUUUACCAGUGGGUGAAAUCCUUGGUAUUAAUUCUAAAAUAUAAUAAUAACAAUAAUAAUAAUUAUAUAAAUAGAUUUGUAAUAGAGGGCGCUGCAAAAUUAUUUGAAAUGUUCAAUCGAUGUACCUGUGGUUAAGGGAAAAUUUAUUUGAUGAA